AUGGCAACAUCAAAGGCUUCUGCGAUGUGCAACAACACCAUCGAAGGAGACACGCAGCUCAAAAUCGAGAUCUACGAUAUCACGACUGCAGACGAGCUGAUUGACCAAGUUCUUGCCCUGGGCGAGCAAGCAUCAAGAAUCUCAAGUGUCUUCAUCGACAUGACGAGAUACUACGAGACCCUCGACGAGGCCGAAGAGUUAGCUGAUGCUGCAAGAAAGCAACUAGAAAUCUCGGCUACCAACAAAGACACCAGUUCUUCGCCACUGGCAAGGACGUCUGUUACUGUCACUGAUGCAUCCACGCUCUGUGGCCCCAUCAUCACUCUCCUCGACUUGAUCAAAACCUACAAUGGACGCCUCACGUCUUUCACCUGGCCGGCACCGUUGUUACUAUAUCGAGUUUUCACACGCCCGCAGAGCUUCUGGACCGCAUUGUACGCCCACGCGCCGACCCUCGUGACACUGCACCUGGACUUCUUCUGCCACGAAGUGCACACCCUCGGCCCCCUGCCUCCCAACACAGCUUUCCCGCUCCUCAAGACAUUGCAACUAGACACCAGCAGCGCGCACGCAUGGAAUGGAUGUAACGGAAGCACCAUUGACGCCCUCUUGCACGCAAGCCCACACCUCGAGUCUCUGCGCUUCGAAUGGCCACUGGGCGAUCUGGAACACUGCCAGCUCACGAACAUAUCAUGGGCGUGGACGUUCCCUGAUCUCACACACCUGCACGUGUGCGGUCUUAACAUCGAGCACAAUCACAAUGCAUACAACGACUUCCUCGUGCGCCACCCUGGUCUGACGAGCCUUGAGGAGCGCGUUGACGGCCCUUACGACGACGAGGGUGGCAAGCUAGACGCGCGACUGCCUGCCUCAGCGCUCCCGAAUCUGCAUACUCUGAUUAAGGCCGGCGGAAGUACGCACCCGCUCACCGACUACUUCGAUACCGCGGCAAACCGCCCGAUACACUCUCUCACGCUGCAUGUGGGGAGCUUCUCGGGUAUCGAGCAGUGCCUGCCAGAUAUCGUAGCGUGUACUCCCGCGCAGACAGGUUUGCGCUCGCUCGCUUUCCGGGGUGCAAUCGACCGCUGGCGGGACAGCAUCGAGGCUUUGGACAGCAGUAGCGAUGACAGAACCGAGACUCCGGCCGAGCGGCAGAUACGCAAAGAGAAAUGGGCAAAGAAUAGAGAAGAGCGGAAGAAGCGCAGACCGCUUACGAUCUUGAAGAAGGUGUUGCCGAGUUUGUUGGGUCUGGAGGAACUGGAUAUCGAGAUGGAUAGUAGCCAUCCUUCGUGUGAGUCUUCGGGUACGUGGGUAUGCCCUGAGCCGAUGAGUGAGGUGGAUCUUCGUAAUGUUAUGGGUGCGCUGACUGAGGGGAAUGCGAGGAAUCUCAGGAUCCUGCGCAUGAGGGAUACGCGUGCGAAGCCUUUGCAGCAGCUGGGCGAGGUGUUGCGUGAGAGCGAGGUAGUAACGGGGAGUCUGCAGGUUGUCGAGUGGUGUGGUGAGGAGAAGAGUGUACUUCGCGUGUCACAGAUUGAAUAG